CGGACGACGACGAUCGACGCGAUCGGUGAUUCGGUACGAAUACGCGGCUGCCGACCAUCGGCAUCAGAUCAGGUUGUGAAUGAUUUACGAAAUGGACAUUUAAGGAUUCUUGUAAAAUGGGGAUCAUACGGAUUUCAUUUUGAAGAUGGAUUGAAUCACGGAAAGUUUACAGAGCGAAACCGGCAGCAUUUUUGAAUGAUUUGAAUCGAAAAUCUGCCUUCCCUGCCUGGACCGGUCGUUGCAUCUGAGUGUCAGCCAGAAGCAACGGGGUGGAAAUCACAGCAAAUUGGUGGAGGCAGAGAAACCCGCGCUGGUGGAAUGGCAACCAACUGUGCAAUUAUCUUGUUUGCUAGGCCUAGGACCGGUCUACCAUACCAAUUCUGAUUUCUACAAUUUUAGCUCUGUGACUUUUCUUCAAAGUUUUAGAAAACGUUAGACAUUGAAGUUCAGGCUCCUGUGGGCUGUUGCACAACGCCAAAUUUUAGAUGCUCAUUCAAGGAAACACUCGCCAUCCAGCUCCAGGGCUCCAGUUAUAGACCAGAAAGAUGAAUAAGUAUGAGGUGCUGGGAAUCGUUGGGGAAGGAGCUUAUGGUGUAGUAAUGAAAUGCAGACAUAAGGAAUCCAAAGAAGUGAUGGCCAUCAAGAAAUUCAAGGAUAGUGAAGACAAUGAAGAUGUAAGAAGAACAGUUCUUAGGGAACUCAAACUCCUACGACAGCUAAAACAAGAAAACAUUGUAGAACUCAGGGAAGCAUUUAGACGACGUGGGAAGCUCUAUCUUGUCUUUGAAUACGUAGAGAAAAAUAUGCUUGAACUUUUAGAGGAGAAUCCGAAGGGAGUAUCACCAGAAAAAGUCAGGAGUUACAUCUAUCAGUUGAUCAAGGCUAUUCAUUGGUGCCAUAGGAAUGAUGUCAUACAUAGAGAUAUCAAGCCUGAAAACUUACUCAUCAGCUCAAAUGACACUCUAAAACUUUGUGAUUUUGGUUUUGCAAGAAACCUUGAUGGGAAUAGCUCAGCCAACUAUACAGACUAUGUAGCCACAAGAUGGUAUCGAUCUCCUGAACUGUUGCUAGGAUGUGCCUAUGGUAAAGCGGUUGAUGUAUGGGCCAUAGGUUGUAUCUUAGGUGAACUUAGUGAUGGUAAUGCUGUGUUUCCUGGUGAGAGUGAGAUAGAUCAACUCUACAUGAUUCAGAAGAUCCUAGGUCCGCUACCACACUAUCAGAUGGCUAUCUUCAACAAUAGUCCUAGGUUCUCUGGCUUAAAGUUUCCUAGCAUUUCAGUCAUAGAGCCAAUCGAGAAAAAGUAUGCUGGCAUCAUCAAUGGAGUCAUGUUAGAUUUCCUAGCGCACACACUAAGAUUAGACCCAUCUGAGCGCUUCACCAUAGACCAGUGUCUUGACCAUAGGGCCUUUCACACUGAGAGGUUGCUCCGGAACGAGAUCCGGCCUAAGUCUGCAUUCACCACCAGGCGACAGGAAGAUGAUAGCGAUGGUACAGACGAGCUCUCACCUAGAGAGAGUAAGCAGAAAGCUAAAAUAGGCUUCAUUGAAAAUAAUGAAUCCCCUCAGUCCAGGAAUGAUGUGACUGGAAGAUACCAGCAACAUCUUCAGUCCAAGCUCCACAUCUCAGAGACCAAAUCAGAAGCAGACAUGGACAUGAGACCCUCAAACAGAUCAGAUGUCCUCUCACAGAUACAAACACCGCAACUCAAGUUUCUCAAGUCCAAGUCCAAAAAGAGUUCCAAGGAGAACCGAGCAGAGGUAGAGUCACGGACUGACUCCUCAGGAUAUCAUGCUCCAUUGCAACCGUCGGGGAAAAACGUGGCAGGGUUCUUAAAGAGUUACACCCUUGGAGAGCGAAAAGAACACAUGAUUGAUAUGUCUGGGUCAAGCAGACAAGCUAAGUACUCGCAGUAUAAGAAAGGAGCCAUUCUUGCAAUGUCUGAACAGAAUCAAGGAGAAGAAAGUAGCCACCAUGGAACAUCUCAGAAACAUGAACAACACAAAAAACAGUAUUCAGUUGAUGAUGAAUCACUACCGUACAAUGAGACAUCUAAUAAUAGGACAGAAUACUUGAAUAGCACAAAGAAUACCUUGAACAAGAAAAAAUGGGACAUGGAUGACAGUGAUGACGGUCAAAGUAGGGUCAUAUCACACUGGAGCAUGAAUGGCAGCCAUGCUAGUUCACAUGACCAAACUACUACAGGACAACAGGAAAAUGAGGGGGUGAAUCCCUUUGGAAAAUACCUCAAAAGUGCCUACAAGAAACAAAACAAGGAUUCAGAGAAAUCACGUAGAGAGACUCACAAUCAGGAUGUCCCGCAGAGUAAACAUGACACAAACAAAACUAGCCAUAAAGACUCAAGAACUUCUGGGAAUGACCAUUCUGAUGAUAGGGGCUCUGAAUCCCACCAGUGUGUGGACACCCGGACAGUUAGUAAUGAUCACAGUAGACUUCCUUUACCAUACAGGACAGACAAGAAGGGUACUGAUAUCCCUGGUAAUACAAAUCCAUUUGGUGCUAAGGACACAACGGACUCACAGGGUUUUGGGGGUGUGGUAUCCAACAUUGAGGGCGGUAAGCAUCCACUUUCAAUAACGGCUGAAACACCUCGGACAGUGCUUCCUAACCAGACCAAACCAUUGGUUACCUCAGAAGGCCAUGUUGAUCAGGACCGGGGUAUGGACUAUCACAUUACGGGUGAUCCUGGUGAGAGAGGUGAUGAGAGAACAGGGAUGGAACAAGAUGAAAAGCAGCAUGAAGACACUCCAAGAACCAACCAUAAUAGAUCAAAUCUUCCACAGUAUGGUGAUAGAGGGCGCCAUUCAUCUCCUGCACCCAGGGAAAGACGAGGGAAGAUAAACCUUCCUCAACAGAUUCAAGCAAUAGAAUUUGAUGCUGUAAUGGAAGCACCAGUACCAGGCGCUGAAUUGGUUCCAGGUCCUACUAGCAAGCAGUCCCAGUUCAAAAAGGAUGGUCCCUUUGAACAGAAACCUGUCAGUCUUGUAGAGACACACACAUGGAAAAGCAAGGGAAACACAUUCCCAACAGAUCAACAAUGGAAGGAGGUGCAGAAAAGAAAGAAGAAGAAAAAAGCUUCAUCCUUUCUGAAUACGGACACUCAGGAUCGGAUAGGGGUACAGAGAGCUAUCUAUGGUAACAGAGAAUGGGAUAACCGCGCCCCUCCUCCUGAUUAUGUCAAGUCCCAGAAAUCACUCCGGAAACUUUCACAAACACCCAGCUCUGAUAAGGUAUCACGGCUCCAGGCAAUUACCAAACAACUGCCCCAGCUCUCUCAGCAAAGGUUAUCUCCUCCUACUCUGACCCCAUCAUCUCGUAUCCAUGGAGACGAGCUGGAUAAUCACAGGCAUCAUCAUCACACCCACCACCAUCAUUCCAAAUCUGAGCCGGAUCCCAGGGUAGACAUCUUCACCUCACAUGCCCCCCUUAGACCUAUCACCCCAGGGAAUGCCCUUGAUAUGCCCCACCCUGCUGGGCCAUCGGAGCUACCCACGUACAGCCAGGCAAUCAGUAGGGGUAAUAGACCGAGCACAAGGGGGUCAGAGUUUCGUGUUGUUAAGGAGACAUCCAUAUGAGCUCUUCUUUUGUGCCUAUGUGUUUGUAUGGAUACUUCAUUGACCCAUUCACACUAUUAAAAGGAUGGCGUAAGCUGGGUUGCCAUUGAGUAUUCUUAUACAACUGUGAAUACAUACAUGCGCUAUGUUCCAUUCACACAGAGACCGAGUUAAAGGUCAGUAUAAGCUAAAUAUCAGCAACCUUAUGUGAGUAUGAACCUUUGUACAGUUUUCCAGGCUCUCUUGGAGGUUAUGUAUAACUGGUGUCAAUGUAAACCAGAUUGUUAUCUUGCAAAUGUAAUGUAUUUGAAAGUAUUUUAUUCCUUUCACACUCUCAUUGGAGGGCGAUAUCAGCUGGUUUUUACUGUCAUCAAUUACCAACAAGUGUUUGGGUUUACAUGACCUCCAGUUGUCCUCGCUCAACUAAAUACUUUGUCAAAAAUGAUAUUUAUACAUUACUUCCACAAAUUGGUCAACCUGUAUGUACCAAAGAGACUGCUCCAGAGCUGAAUUUAACCUCAAUAUUUGUCUAAUGCUUUCUGCUAGAACUACUGAACAUGUAUGAAUAGAUGAUGUAGUAGACAUUCUGGCAAGCCAAAUUGUUCUUGUUGAGUUGAUAUUCUUUGUUUUUUUGCAUCUAGAAAGAAUUACAACUCUCUGGUAUCAUAUUUCAAAAAAAAAAGACAUUGUGACAUUUUUUUUCCACUUGAAUUGAGAAAGACGAUCUAUAGCCUACAUAUUUUUCUUCAAUUCUGUAUAUCUUGAAAAACCCUUACUAAAGCUUGUAAUGAUGAGUCAUUGACUCGUGUUUUUUCAAAGUAAAUUGCAUUUUGAAGUGAAACAACACGUUAUACAGCAUAUUUUGUAGAUAUUAUGUCUUACAAUUAAUAUGCAUCUGACAAUAAUAUUGUUUUUUAAGAAGAUAUUUUUCUAUACAGUCAAAAGAAAAACAACAAUAAUUGAGUGCCAAGAAGAUUCAAUCAAAUUUGAACAAUGCUCCAUAUAAAUUUAAGAGCUCUAGACCAUUGCGCAGUGUAGCAAU